AGCCGAACGGGCCUCGAGACCCGCGGCGGGCGGUGAGCAAUCCCGGGUUUCGCGAGGGCGGGUCGGGCCCAUGGCCUCCCUCAACGCCGUGUCCACGUACAAGACCGCGCCCAAGUUCUCCUUCCCGCACAGCGGCAUUGGAGCGGAAGCGCCGAAGCGGGGACCCGAGCCCGGCACGUACAACAUUGUGGGCGUGGACAAGGACAAGUUCUCGAGGUCGGCCUCGUACUCGAUACUGGGCGCGAGCAAAGUGGGCGGCGCCGCCUCCGUGGGUAUGAUGAGCAAGAACCCUGGGCCUGGCGCGUACGCCCCGAAGGACCACAAGUCCAUGAACCCCCCCAAGUGGGCGUUCGGAAGCGAGACCCGCAUGGCCGAGAAGAAAACGAUGAAGGCGCCGGGCCCUGGCCAGUACAACACGAUAACGAAGAACGAUGCGGUGCAAAUCUCCAUGUCGAGCAGGUUCGACUACACCACCAAGGAGCAGGCCCCCGCGCCCGGGGCCUACACGCCGAAGUUCGACUCCGUAUCCACCAUCAAGGCGGCAGAGAGGAUUCAUUUCGGGUCCUCCUCCCGCACUGGAUUCAAGGACAACUCGGUGCCCGGCCCAGGCCAGUACAACGCCUCGGGCAAGGCGCUCGACGCCGGGUACAAGACCGCGCCCGCAUUCUCCCUCCGGCCCAAGUGGAAGGACCCGCCGCAGAAGCAUCCGGGCCCCGACUUCAUGGCUUCGACGACUUUCUUCAAGUAACCCUGACGCCUCAUAGAGGGAUGAUGGCCAGAACGCGUGCGAAACUGGCACUGAGGCAACCGCGGGGUGUCGUGGAAUGGGU